AUUUUAUGCAGAUCAUUGAUAAUUAUUACAGUGACUGUUCGCCAAGAAAAGAGCAUAAAAAAGGUAGCAACUCUUAAUCGCCUCCCACUCGUUCGCGUAUGUAGGUAUCGCGCUAGUAAAAGUAUAAAAGUACAAUCUUCGCAGGACUAGAUUCAGAGUACCUUUGAGGCAAUCUGAUCGUGAAAAUGAAAGUGUGCGUGCUAUUGGCUGUUGCCUUUUUUGGCGCUGUUCUCGCCGACGAUAAAUACACCACCAAAUACGACAAUGUGGAUUUGGACGAGAUCAUUAAGAGCGAAAGGCUGUUGAAGAAUUACGUCAAUUGCCUAUUGGAUAAGGGCAAGUGCACACCAGAUGGUGCUGAGCUUAAAAAGGUACUUCCCGACGCCUUGCAAACUGACUGCUCUAAAUGCUCUGAAACCCAGAAGAAGGGCAGCAAGAAGAUCAUCCGCCACUUGAUCGACCACAAGGCUGACUGGUACAAAGAACUCGAAGCCAAAUACGACCCAAGCGGCUCAUACAACAAGAAGUACCAGGAGGAACUCAAGAACCAGAAAUAGGAUGUUACACUGCUAACAUAGCACUUUUGUUACUAUAACAUGUCGUGAAGGCUCGCCAGAUAUAAGCCUUCUCGAUCCGAAACGUUAGAGUAUAAGCAAUUCACUGUCUCGUGCUGAGUGCCUUUAUCUUAAAUUGUAGGUAUUGAUUAUAUUGUAUACAGAGUAUGCCAAACUGUAAGAUGUUCGAAUAAAAAACUAUACAUUUUGAAUGUUUCAAAUAAUUUUACUUGAAUCAUAGUGAAAGGGAGGCAGCAUAUAUAU